UGCAUCUCUACUUCCUCUUAUUUUGCCAAAUACGUUUUUUUUUCACUUUUACUCUAGAAAAGGUGGUAGUUAUCGCGCGCGGUUGUGAGCUGUUUGUCUUUGUCACAUUAUGCAUCUCUCGUUUCCCUUUCCUUGCUUCCUUCCUUCGCUCUCUUGUAUUGUUCGUUCUGUUUCUCCUAAUCUUCUUCAUCUCAAAGUGUUUUCUUUUUUUUCUUCUGAAAAUGCCAUGGCCCCGGGGUUUCGUUUUUUUCUUUCCUACUUACUUCUCUAAGUACCUAUUCUGUUUCUUUGGCUGGCUGGCUUUCAGUGCGUUUAGCAGCCAGCCAGCCCCCCACAUCUGUCUUCAAGGUUGUUCAUCUUUCUUUUCUUUCUUUCUUUCUCUUUCUUUUUCCUUUUCCGUUUCAUUUUUCCUUUUUCCUUUCUCCUUCUUCAUCGUUUAUGGGAUUCGGGUAAUUCAAUUCUUCCCCUUCACCUCUGGAUACUCUACUCUAUUCGCUCUCAAUACCUAUCAUAGGGGAUUUGAGGGCAUCAUGACACUUUCUUGUUCAUCUUCUGUCACUUUCGGUGGGUUUGGACCAGACAAAAUCAACAAAAAACCCCUCCCCUUCCCCCAUCAGGAUAAAAAAGUUACAUGUAUGUACGAGACCUUUUCCUAUGCAUAACAAUUGGACACUUCUUUUCCCAUUCCAAUUUGGUAUCAUACCAUUGCCAUGAGUGUUGGCCCUUUAAACAUAAACAUAAAAAAAACCCAAAGAGGAAAUGAAGCGGGAAAGUCCUCAGAGCCAUCCCGCAUCCCGCAACUAUAAGUAAGAGUAAAAGUACAAUCCAAGUACUAUCCUGCCAUGUUAAUCAUGUCCAUCAAGAAUAAAAUAGGUA